AUGCCACAGGGUCCCUCACCAAUGGACAUGAAUAAUAUGGGAAUGGACCCAGCUUCCAGGUAUUACACAAGCAUGGACAGCCUCCAUGAGCCUGGUAAUGAACACGACUCUUCUAUGACGGGAAUGCUAGAAGAUGGCUUGCUUGCAGAUUUGGACAACAUGCCGAUGGUCCUGGAUGUGGAUUGCCUCGACAGUGCCCCCGGGCUUACUUCCUAUACCCCAACGGAUAACGCGAUGUCGCAGAACGAUUUUGAGCUGCCUGGCGAUAUGGAAAAUUCCGAUAAUAAGGAGAGCCCAGUGUCCAGCCCAGUGGAAAGGAAAAUUGCCGGUGUUGGUGCUAGGCCAAUACUCGCUGCUUUUCAAACGCAAUCUGCAGCUGCUAGGGAGAGUACGCUCACAGAGUUUACAAAGAGGAGAAACUGGUCGCAACUUGUGGUAGAGGAGUUGAAGGACCUCUUGCAUAUCCUUACGCCGGAUGGUCGAAUAAUCUACCUGUCCCCAAGCUGUAAUCGUUUGACCGGCUAUCUUCCCGAAGAAUUGGUGGGCAAGUUCAUUGUAGACUUCAUACAUGCAGACGACAGUGGGAUAUUUGUGCGAGAAUUCAACGAGUCGAUCGCUAGUGGGAACCCUCUCCGAUUUUUCUACCGUUUUCGAAUGAAGGACGGCUCGUAUACCAUAUUUGAAUCGCACGGCCACCCCCAUCUUACUUCCGAGGCGGCGGCUUUCGGGCCAAAUAAUGCGGCAGGAUUUUGUAGAGGGGUUUUCAUGAUGGCGCGGCCAUAUCCUACCAAGAACGCUGCGCUUCUCGACUCGUUUCUUGAACAUAAGAUUGAAAAUGUCCGUUUAAAGAAGCGUAUCGAGGCGCUGAAGAAGGAGGAGGCAGAAGAGACGGACGGUCCUCAACGUAAGGGUCUCAAAAGACAAGAGUCUCAAUCGGAUGCCGUGUCAGAGGGCACCGAUACGGUGGGAGGAGCCUCUGCUACAACAUCAGUAGCAGCAAAUACACCAAAUCCAUCAAAUCCUGACGUUAUGGCAAUGCCUCCUCCUGCAAAACCAACAGGAUUGAACGUUGCGCUGACUCGGCAGAACCUCGAAGACGUAAAUGCGAAUAGCAAGCCAGAUUCCAUAAACGACAAGAUGGCUCGUUAUGAAGGCGCAAGCCACACGGAGACCAUCGAGAUGCUGACUGGGUUGAAAUACCAAGAAGGCGAAAGAAGUCAAGGAAUUAGCACCGGAGAUCAAAGCCCGGCACUGAUCAAAGGGGAUGCGGGAAUCACUAUUGCAGUUGAUAAGGAAUCCAGAGCGAGCGAGAGGAGGAAGAAGAUUAAGUUACCCGAAGAAUAUGUUUGUACGGACUGUGGUACGCUCGAAUCCCCCGAAUGGCGGAAGGGCCCAAGUGGACCUAAGACACUGUGUAAUGCGUGCGGUCUUCGUUGGGCCAAGAAGGAGAAGAAGAAGCCAAACUCGAACCAGCCAAGCCCAGCACAACCACCGGGUUCUAGCACUGGGAAUAGCUGA